AGGGCUUAAACCCUAAAAACCCUAUCCUCAAUUCUUCUUCUUCUUAAAAAAAAAAAGCCCUAAUUUCUCCCCCCUUAUAUUUUUCAUCAUUUUCCAUGCCGCUCAAGUUAUUACCACAGCUUCGUUUCUUCAAUUCUACAUUCCCAGUUACCCAUUUUCCCACCAUGAAAUGCAAUUCAACUUUGAAGCCUAAAACAAUACCAGUUUUUUCUAGAAUGUUUCCACACAAGCUUAAGUAUAGGUCAAUUGGGUUUCCAAUUUUAGCAGCUCAAGAACAAGAGCUUCGUAGGUUCUCGAGCCGUUCAGGGAGACCAAGACCCGGGUCGGGUGCUGACGUGCGAGUUUCGAAGAGCUUGAUUGAAGAUGAAGCUGAACUCAGUGAUUGGGUGAGUGGGUUGAGGUCUGAUUCUUCGUUUACGAAAACUCAGGUGUAUAGUGAGAGUGAUGAUAAUGAGGGUGACAGGGAAAGGGGUAGGGGUAAAUUUGGUAAUAGGCGUAAUGGUGGAGAAGAUAGAGGUGAAAAGAGAAGGAGAGAUGAUGAUUUUAGUGGGCCUGGUAGGAGGGGUGGAGGCCCAAUGCAGUCGAAUUCGAGGAAUGGGGGAAGGUUUGGAAGUGAAUUGUCGGGUGGAAGAGGUGCGGAACGAGGUGGAAUGCAGUCGAAUUCAAGAAAUGGAGGGAGGUUUGGAAAUGACAGGGGGAGUAGAAAUGAGGGUGGAAGAGGUGAUGGUGGUCGAGAUCGAAUGGGGUCCUCCUCAAGGGGAGGAAGGUUUGGAAGUGAUAUUAGGAGUGGAAGUGAGGGUAGAAGAAGUGGAGGCCGAGACCGUAUGGAGUCAUUUUCGAAGGGAGGAAGGUUUGGGAGUGAUAUGGGGAGAGAAAGUGAAGGUAGAAGAAGUGGAGGCCAGGAUCGGAUGGAGUCAUUUCCAAGGAAGGGAGGGAGGUUUGGAAGUGAAAUGGCAAGUUCCAGUGACAAUAGGGGUAAAAGCAGGGUUGGUAGUGGAUAUGGUAGAGAUAUGGCAGCACAAGGUGGUAGUGGUAGGUUAGGGAGGAAAGAAGGGGCAGGUAUGGGUCGAGGGAGUUCCAUGCUGUUGGAUGAAGAUGAUACCAAUAAUGAGGAUGAGGAAGAGGAAGAGGAGAAUGGUUAUAAGGGGUUCCAAGAUUUGAUUGACAGUGACGAAGAAAGUGAAGAAUCUGAUGAAGACAAUGAGGUUGAGGAUGAAAAAACGGUCUCUUUGGAAAAGGAGGACAGUCCAAGGACAUCAAGUCCGAGCUCACAUGGAAAAAGUGAAUCCCACCUCACGGAAACCAGGUUUGAUCAGUUUCCUCUCUCUCCCUUGUCUCUGAAAGGAGUUAAAGAUGCUGGAUACAAAACGAUGACCGUAGUGCAGGAGGCAACCCUUCCCGUUAUUCUGAAAGGCAAGGACGUUCUGGCCAAGGCAAAGACUGGCACUGGGAAAACUGUAGCAUUUUUGCUUCCUUCAAUUGAAGUUGUUGUAAAAUCACCCCCCAACACCCGUGAUCAAAAGAGGCCACCAGUUCUGGUGCUUGUGAUAUGCCCUACCCGGGAGCUUGCAACUCAAGCAGCUGCCGAGGCCAACACCUUGUUGAAAUAUCACCCUUCAAUUGGGGUUCAAGUUGUUAUAGGCGGAACACGGCUUGCACUUGAGCAGAAAAGGAUGCAAGCAAAUCCCUGUCAGAUACUUGUGGCGACACCUGGGAGACUCAGAGAUCACGUAGAGAAUACAGCAGGAUUUGCUACUCGAUUGAUGGGUGUUAAAGUGUUGGUCCUUGAUGAAGCCGAUCAUUUGUUGGAUAUGGGAUUCCGUAAAGAAAUUGAGAGAAUCAUCUCUGCUAUUCCAAAACAGCGCCAAACACUUCUCUUUUCUGCAACAGUUCCACCGGAGGUCCGUCAAAUUUGUCAUAUUGCUUUGAAAAGAGACCAUGAAUUUAUCAAUACUGUCGAGGAAGGCAGUGAAGAGACACAUGCACAAGUUCAGCAGAUGCAUCUGGUUUCUCCUCUAGAAACACACUUUUCGCUUCUUUAUGCUCUACUAAAAGAACACAUUGCUGAUGACGUUAACUAUAAGGUUCUUGUAUUUUGCACAACUGCAAUGGUAACAAAACUCGUUGCUGAACUUCUUGGUGAACUUAACUUAAAUGUCCGGGAGAUUCAUUCUCGUAAGCCACAAAGCUAUAGAACAAGGGUUUCAGAUGAAUUUCGCCAGUCCACAGGUCUUAUUCUAGUUUCUUCGGAUGUUUCUGCUCGUGGAGUAGAUUAUCCAGAUGUUACCUUAGUUGUACAGAUUGGAGUGCCAGCUGAUAGGCAGCAGUAUAUCCAUCGUCUAGGUAGAACCGGACGGAAAGGAAAAGAAGGACAAGGCAUUUUGUUGUUGGCUCCAUGGGAGGAAUUCUUCUUGUCUACAAUUAAAGAUUUGCCCGUAUCAAAGGCGCCUGUACCUCUGCUUGAUCCAGAGGCCAAGAAAAAGGUGGAACGUGCGUUAGCCCAUAUAGAUAUGAAAACCAAAGAAUCUGCAUACCAGGCAUGGCUUGGUUACUAUAAUUCCAACAGGGCUAUCGGUAAGGACAAGUACAGACUUGUUGAACUUGCAAAUGAGUUUAGUCGGACUAUGGGACUUGACAACCCUCCAGCAAUUCCAAAGCUUGUUCUUGGGAAAAUGGGAUUGAAAAAUAUUCCUGGACUACGUUCCAAGUAAGUUGAGAUAGUGUUGCUGCUUCUUCUCAUAUAUAUAUGCAUACGAAGUGUAUAUAUACACAGCACAGGCCGUGCAAUGCAACAAUUGUUUUUCAGCUAAGUGCUGCUUUUACCCAUUGUUUGUAAUUUAGUUACUAGGGAGGAUUCAAAGCCUUGACAUAGCAUAAGUUGAGUUCCUUUUUUGCUAAUAGGAAAUUUGGUCUUUCCUCUUUCUAGUUGAA